CUGUCGGGGAUAGGUGCCUAGCAAAAGUACAAGCAACUGCCUUCAGUCGUUGGUUGCACAAUGGCGUGCUCGGAUCGUGUUUGCUUGUUCUCUUGCCGCCGACGUUUCUGAGCGGAGGUCGGCCCAACGUUGGACCGUUCGUUGCGCGGAUAUUUAUCACAUAUUGAUUUCCGCUUCAUUAUUCUCCUCCUCAACUCAGAAUCCUUCUCACAUCAAAAUUUCAAAUUUUUUUUUGUGUCUCGAGUAUGUGUGAGAAUUUAAACUAAAUCAACGAAGAAUAAUCAAAAAAUCCUUUUUCCCGGGAUAAUAGUGACAAGAAGAGAAUAAACAACAAAAAACACCAUCAUCACGCACGCAAAAUCAACGGUCGCAAACAACGUCUUGGAAGAAACCAACCCCCGUUCAGGAACAUAAUCGGCAUACAAUGGUUUUCUUUUUUGGAUAUAGAAAUGACAAAUCGACUUAGCCUUUUACAAUUAAAAAAGGACCUAUUCAUCCGGGUGACUCGACAUUAACGGUCAGUCAUCUCUUGAAGAUCUCCUUCCGUCCAAGGAUUCCAUUGAGAUUCCAAAUAUAUAAACGCACAAAAGCCACAUUUUGCAAAUUAAUCAACAAAUUCACGAAGAAAUCUCCUUCAUCCUCAAAAAUAUAUAAAUAUAUAUAUAUUAUUCAACUUGUUAUUUUUAACCACCCAAGUGUUCGUGUUUUAUAUAACUCAGAGUCAAGAAAAAAUAUUAAUUUAGAAGUGAAUUUUUUAAAAAUACAUCAUCACAAUCAUGGUGAUUUAGUUAGAUUUAUUUUAGUUAUAAAAAGAAGAAGAAGAAGAAGAAGAAGCAUUAAGGUUGUGAAAAAGGAAUACAAAAAGAAGUGUGUGUUGUGUUUUGUGUGAACUAUUAUAAGUUCGCGCAACAUGAGAGUGGCUGUGAGUAGACAGGAUCCCUAUCAUCUUCAAGUGAGUCGUACAGGUACUGGAAAAUUUCUAGUUAGAAAUUACCAGGAUGUACCACAAUCGAAGAAUAGUGAAGAAACACCGGUUACACCAGUUGUAUUCUCAAGUUGUGAACCAAUUAACACCGAUCGUCAAGGACCAACGAUCCUUGGAGAUCGGUUCCUUCUUCUUGAUGCAGCAGCUGAAGGUAGCGCACUUUAUAAGUGUGUCGAUGUGAAAACAGGCCAACAACUUAUUGCUAAGGCAUUGACACCGGGAGAUAAGGUUGAUGAAGCACUUUUACAAGCGCAUUUGCGACUGGAUGGUACUGGAGCCACAAGUGAAAUAGCAGGUGUGGUGGAUGUACCAGGAGGUCGACGAUACCUUCUCCUCGAGGGUCACUACGGCGACCUACACGCCUACGUGAGGGCGCGUAGAAGGCUACGGGAACCGGAGGCACGGAGACUUUUCCGUCAAGCCGCCAGGGCUGUAGCCAAGUGCCACGAGAAAGGAGUUGUUCUCAGGGAUCUUAAACUUAGGAAAUUUGUCUUUACCGAUGAAACGCGAACACGUCUUCGACUCGAGAGUCUGGAAGAUGCAGUGAUCGUGGAGGAUUUGGACGACAAGUUGACGGAUCGUCGCGGAUGUCCGGCUUACGUGGCGCCGGAAGUUCUGUGUUCAGGACGAGCUUACUCCGGAAAGGCAUCUGACAUCUGGUCGUUGGGAGUUCUUCUCUUUACGAUGCUUGUUGGUCGUUACCCCUUUAAUGGAGCUGAGCACGCGUCCCUAUUCGCUAAAAUAUCACGUGCCCAAUUCUUGAUACCAGAAGGCCUUAGUUCUAGAGCACGAUGUUUAAUUCGCACCCUUCUUAGAAGGGAUCCCACCGAGAGACCUGAUUCUGAAGAUGUUAUUCGACAUCCAUGGCUAACAAGGCCCAUUAAAUCAUCUGGAAGAUCAUCACACGACCAGCUCGUUCCAGAGCCAAUUAAUCAUUCUCAAGACUGAUUUUAUCCAAGAGAAUUCCACGCCUCAAAACUGCGUUAAUUUUCAUUCUUUUGAAUCAGACGUUUUUUUUCUUUAUUCUUCAAAAUAUAGUUUUCCAUCAUGGGAAAAAAGACAUUUUUUUCAAACUCACAAACUUUUUCUAAAAUGAAAAAAGAUUUAUUCUCUAUCAAAUUCUCAAAUUUUAAUCAAAAAUCUUUUUUCAUUUUAAAGUUUAGUUUUUGUAAAACACAUUUUCCCACACCGGGUGGCUUCCCACAUGGCCUUAAAAUAUAUUUAAAUAAAUGCAUUCGUAUUUUUCUGCUUUGUUGUCGAAAGCUUUUUAAAUAUAAAUUAUAUAGUAUAUUAAUUAUAAUUUUUGAAAGCAUUGAAAUACGAAUGUAUUUAUGAGAUUCAGUUUCAAAUUAAAUAUAUGCGACCAAAAUUAUUUUUAUAAAUCAAAAAAGGUCUGAUUUUAAAUGAUGAAAUCUAGCUUUUAAGUUCUUCCACUGACAUCGAACUGAAGACAUGAAUGUGUAAAUUCCAUAUUUACAGAAUGAAACUUUUUUUUCUGCGACACCAAAAAACCAAGGAAAUCUUUUUCUGUAGUUAUUUACUAAAAAUUUAUUCACUGCAUUUAAAAGUUGAUAUAAAAAUGUUUACGAUUUAAGGGCAUGCCUAAAAAUGUAAAAAAUAGUAACAAUAUUCAUUUCUAAGGAAAAACAUAAAAGCAAGUUAUGUCAGAAAUCUACUUUAUCAACUGUCAUAUUCAUUUCUUGAGUUUUUUUAUACACCUCGAAUAUUUGUCGUUCAUAAUGUAGACAAUUAAUAAACUCAACGAUUUACAUUACAGACUGUAAUAUGUACAAUAUUGAUUGCAAAAUUUACAAUACAAACUGUAACAUUUACAAUACAAAUUGUAACCCUUACAAUACAAACUGUAAUAUUUACAAUACAUACAGUGAAAUUAACAAUACAUAUUGUAAAAUUCACCAUAUGUAUUGUAACAUUUACAAUACAUAAUUAUAAAAAAUGUAAUAUUUGCAAUACUUUCACGCUUUCUGGAAAUACAAUUUAAAAUACAAGUUGUAAAUGAUACGAUUAAUUUUUAUUUUAAUAAUUUGAUUAAACAGGCAGUGAAAAAUAUCCGUUUUUCUAAGUAUCAAUGUAUAACAUUUGUUGAACAUGCCCUUAAUGAACUAUUUAAAAUUCAUAAACUUGAUGCAUUUUUAAGCCAUUGGCAAAAAAAGAAACAUCACGUUCUUGUCUUCUGAUCUUUGAUUAUAGUCAAGAAAAAGCGAUUGUGCGUAAAACAUCGAUAGCAUAUAAAGAAAUAAAAAAGAAAAAAAACUUGGAAAUUUUUCUAAGUCAUUUUAUAUGAAAAAAAAGAUUUUUUUUUCAAGAAGUAUUAUUUAUAUAUGUAUACGAAUAUCUAUAUUUAUUUUAUUUACGUUUUCUUUAUAUUUGCCCUAUGUCAAUUAUUAUUUUCCCUCAGUCAAGUAAAAAAUGAGAAUGUUUGUAAAAUUUUUUAAAUUAUUUUUUACAUUUAAUUUAGAAAAAAAGAAAUCAAUAUUUCUGAAAAAAAGAAUUGAAUUGUACGAUAAAUUGUAAAAUGUCGAUGUAAUCAUAUACGCAAUCGUUUGUUCAAUUAGUCAACAAAUCGUAUAAAGUCAUAUACGAUUUUUCCUAUUCCGCGUCAAUAUUUCUAUUUAAAAGAAAUAAUUUUUUUUUGAGCAGACAUUGUUUGCGAAUAAUUUUAUAUAUGUUUAGUGAUAUGUGGUUUAAAUAUCAUUGAUUUUUUUCUUCUUUUUUUUGAAAAAAGUGCCACUUUGUUGUUCGACAAACUGAUAUCGUCGAAUUAAUAUAUUGUGUAGACUAUUUGUAUGCAAUCAACUACUGGCUUUUAUUAUCACUAGAUUUAAAAUACCCGGUGUUUAAUAUUUUUCCAAUAAAUAUGUAUAAAUUGACUUGUUUGUAAAUUUCAAAUUAGAAUUUAAGAAAUUAAAUAAAAAUGUAAACUUGACUUUUCUAGAAAAAUUUACGUGAAAAAAAUAUAUAUCUAUCUCCUUUUUUGCCAGUAGGAUGAGUGUUUCGAGUUUUAAGAUUAUUGUACAUUUGUACAUUUGUCACGAAACUGUAAAUAUAUUCAGUUGUCUAAGUCGUACAGUUAGUGAAGCUAAUUCAAUCCCUGUAUGCUAAGCAAUAAAACAAUGUUUGUGAAUGAA